AUGGAGAUUGCGAGACCUGUGAUUGUCCGAGAGGUCUGGGCGCAUAACCUGGAGAAAGAGUUCGCCUUGAUACGUGUGGCCCUCCCCGGUUGCAGAAUCGCUGCUAUCGACACAGAGUUCCCAGGUCACAUCUUCAAGUCCCAAGUCGACGGCCACCUGAUCGCCCACCUCCCUCCUGCGGAGACCUACGAGCUGAUGAAGUCGAACAUUGACGCCCUCGAGAUCAUUCAAGUGGGUCUCGCCCUCUCCGACUCCUGCGGCCGGCUUCCUCACUUCGGCACUCCGUUUUCCUAUGUGUGGCAGUUCAAUUUCCAGGAUUUUGACAUCGAGACCAAUGCAUAUAAUGAGGAGUCGAUCAACCUGUUGAAAUCCCAGGGCAUUGAUUUCUCGAAGAACAGGGAGAUGGGUAUCUCGUCCCGCGACUUCGUGAGGCAGCUAUUCCUCUCUGGCCUCAUCGGUGGUGGCCGUCCCAUUAGUUGGGUCACUUUUCACGGGUCCUACGACUUCGGGUUCAUGAUCAAGAUGCUGACCCGGCAACCCCUUCCGACCCACAUGCUCGAUUUUCUGAGAUUGUUGAAACGCUUCUUCGGGUUCUGCAUUUACGACGUGAAGCACAUGAUCAAAUCUUGUGACGGCCUUUACGGGGGCCUAGAGCGGGUCGCGAAGUCCCUCAAUGUUGAUCGAAUCGCUGGUAAGAGCCAUCAGGCUGGGUCCGACAGCCUCCUCACCCUUCAAACAUUUUUCAAGCUGAUUGGGAGCCGGAAGCCAUUCACAGACAACACUGAGGGUAUGGCUCUGUUCAGGUUUUGUUCGGUGCUGUUUGGAUUAGAAGCUCCUAUGCAGUGGAGAUGUUCCGGUCUUCUGUUCGGGUCGCAUCUCCAUUGGGAUAACUUCCAUGCUCGACACUUAUGUUGA